AAGAUGAUUGCUCUAAAAAUAGCUUUAGAGAGAGUUUGCAGUCAGGUCCAGUUUCAGGUUCUAGCUGAGUUAGCUUUAUUAAACUUUCUUUUUUUAACCACUGUUGCAAGACUAGAUUGAGGGUAACUCGUUCCUUGUUCCACUUGGAUGUUGAUUUUGGACUCCAAUAUACUUAUUUUAUCCAUGGAUAAGGGACACUAAUGCCAUGGCUGAAGAUUCAGAGACAAAGCAUGGAGGAAACAAGAAUGGGAAGAAAGAAGGCCUCUCUGGAAGCUCCUUUUUCACCUGGUUUAUGGUAAUAGCACUGCUGGGAGUUUGGACAUCAGUAGCAGUUGUUUGGUUUGAACUUGUAGAUUAUGAAGAAGUUCUAGCCAAAGCAAAGGACUUCCGUUAUAACUUGUCAGAGGUACUUCAAGGCAAGCUUGGGCUAUAUGAUGCUGAUGGAGAUGGAGAUUUUGAUGUGGAAGAUGCCAAAGUUUUGCUAGGCUUGACCAAAGAUGGCAGUAAUGAAAAUAUUGAUUCCCUUGAGGAAGUCCUUAAUAUUUUAGCAGAGGAAAGUUCUGAUUGGUUUUAUGGCUUCCUCUCAUUUCUCUAUGAUGUAAUGACUCCUUUUGAAAUACUAGAAGAAGAAGAGAGCGAAGCUGCAGAUGAUGUUGAUGGAGAGGAGCCAGGAGGGGUAGACAAGAGAAAAGCUAAGGCCAAAGGACUUAAAGAAAGAUCUGUCCCAGCACAGCCAACACCAGCAGAAUCCGAAGAGUCCAUUCAAGCUGCAGAGCAGUCAUUCGUUACAUCAGAGCACAAGAAUGUUGAAGCAGAACUGGAAGAAGAAAUCCAGGCCAUUCUUCAUGAAGCACUCCAUUCACAAGCCGGAGAGAGGCAUGAGGAAGGUGCAGAUGAAGGACUAAAUGAUGAGCAUGAGGAAGGUGCAGAUGAAGGACUAAAUGAUGAACGGCAGGAGAAGGAUGAAGUAUAUGAAGAAGCUUUUGAAAUUCCUACAACAGAUGACUUCUAUGAAGCAUUAGAAGAUGAAAUACCAAAACCAGUUCAGGAAGAUAUCAGAACAUUAAAUAUGAAAAAACAGCAAAUGUCUUACUUUACAGAUCCAUAUGAAUAUUACAUGGAUUUAGAAGAGCCAGCAUAUGAGUCAAAAGUUCCAGAUAACACUGAAUUAGCACAGGAAGAUGCUCUUGAACAUCAUGGAGAACCAAAUUAUGGAGAAGGGACUGAGACUCAAGAUACAGCGUAUGCAGAAUUGGAGACUGGAAAAACAGAAGAAACCGCAGGUAAAGAGCCUGUAAAUGAAUACUACUAUGAAGAAAGCAUACAAGAACCAGCUGAUGAUGCUGAAAAGGAAGAUGAAACUGCAGGGGCACUUCCAGAACCAGUAAAUGAAGAUACAGAGCCAGAUGAAAUUCCUGAGGAUGUGGAAAUUAAUAAAAAGCAAUCAGAGGAAAAAGAACAUACAGAAGACACUGUUGCUGCUGGACCUCAGGAAACAGAAGUUCCUGUUGAAGCAGAGAAUUACUCAAAUGAUGAUCUAGUGGGAAAAAGUAAAGAAACUGAACAGGAACAAAAAGAAAAAGCUAAGAAGAAACCAAAACUCUUAAACAAGUUUGAUAAGACCAUUAAAGCUGAACUGAAUGCUGCAGAAAAGCUACGUAAAAAGGGAAAAGUUGAAGAAGCUAUGAAGGCCUUUGAAGUAUUAGUGAGCAAAUAUCCACAGAGUCCACGAGCAAGAUAUGGGAAAGCACAGUGUGAGGAUGACUUAGCUGAGAAGAUGAGAAGCAAUGAAAUACUGCAAAAAGCCAUCAAUACUUUUGAGGAGGUGGCUAGCCUGCCAGACGUCCCUGCUGAUCUGGUAAAAUUGAGCCUGAAACGACAAGCAGACAGGCAGCAAUUUCUUGGUCACAUGAGAGGUUCUCUGGUUACUCUUCAGAAACUAGUUCAUCUGUUUUCCAAUGAUAUCUCAUUGAAGAAUGACCUUGGAGUGGGUUACCUCUUAAUAGGAGAUAACAGUAAUGCCAAGAAAGUUUAUGAGGAGGUCCUGAGUCUGGCUCCAAACGAUGGCUUUGCUAAAGUACAUUAUGGCUUCAUCCUCAAGGCAGAAAACAAGAUAGCAGAGAGCAUUCCAUAUUUGAAGGAAGGCCUAGAGUCUGGUGACCCUGGCACUGAUGAUGGACGCUUUUAUUUUCAUUUAGGUGAUGCCCUGCAGAGAGUUGGAAACAAAGAGGCAUACAAGUGGUAUGAGCUUGGGCACCAGAGAGGUCACUUUGCAUCGGUUUGGCAGCGCUCUCUCUACAAUGUUAAUGGACUAAAAGCUCAGCCUUGGUGGACAGCAAAGGAAACUGGUUAUACUGAAUUGGUGAAGUCCCUAGAAAAAAACUGGAAGCUUAUUCGUGAUGAAGGGCUUGCUGUGAUGGAUAAAGGAAAAGGCCUCUUCUUACCUGAAGAUGAGAACCUGCGAGAAAAGGGAGAUUGGAGCCAGUUCACAUUGUGGCAGCAAGGAAGAAAAAAUGAAAAUGCCUGUAAAGGCGUCCAUAAAACAUGUGCUUUAUUGGAAAGAUUCCCUGAGGCUACAGGGUGCCGAAGAGGACAGAUCAAGUAUUCCGUCAUGCACCCAGGGACUCAUGUCUGGCCUCACACAGGGCCUACUAACUGUAGGCUGAGGAUGCAUUUGGGCUUGGUUAUACCAAAAGAAGGCUGCAGAAUUCGAUGUGCCGAGGAGAACAGAACCUGGAAAGAAGGGAAGGUUCUUAUCUUCGAUGACUCUUUCGAGCAUGAAGUGUGGCAGGAUGCUGACAGUUAUCGGCUGAUAUUCAUUGUGGAUGUGUGGCACCCUGAGUUAACACCCCAACAGAGACGCACCCUUCCUGCCAUUUAAGAGGUCAUUUCUGAUGUAAGAAACAGAUGAGGUUUAAUCUGUUGGAGUCUGCUAAUAUAAAUACGCAACAUUAAUUUGGCUGGCCGUGUGGAAAAUGUCAGCCUUCUAGGGGCUAGAAGAUGUGAAAAAAUUGUUCCACAAUUACUAUGGACUUACCUACAAAUGUUCCAUUCUGUUUCAUACUGAAAUGGCACUGAUCUGAUAGAUUUGCUUGUAGGCUGCAAGUACAAUAAUACUCUUGUCAGCCAAAGAGCUAUAAGGCCAAAUUUUCAAAAUGAGGAAUGUGCAAAUGUUUGUGACAUGUCUAUAUUAUGUGUACCAGUACCACAGACGUACAUAUGCACAAGGUCAGUUAGUCACCUUAUUGGCCUGGUUAAUGCACAAAUAUCUGAUUUGUACGUGCACUGCUACCUGGUAAUGACAUGUAUACAUUAGAUAUGCAUAGACAUUAGCACACAACUAGCUUUGAAAUUCUGUCAUGCAAUUUCUAAUCAUAAAUGUUUUAGGUAUGAAACAAUAUGCAUAUAGUAUCAACUGUAGAUAAUAUGAAUGAAUGGUUUUAUUUUGUGUUUUUCUACAUGGGUAAUUGUAUUUUUCUAUCAUAGCUAUGCAUUGAUCGUUUCUUUUGUGAACCACUAAUUUUUUAAAAAUUAUGUAUAAUAAGUGCACCUUCAGCUUUUAGCAGAGGGAGGAACUUUACAUGAACAGACCUUACUUUUGCUAAGUGUGGUCUUUUCUUGCCAUCUGGAAAUGCAAAUAGUAACUUGUAUUAUUUAACUGCCAGUUAAUAGAGUUUAAAAACUGAUAUUCAAUCAGUUUUGUUUUCCUAGAACGAAAGAAGCCUUUAAGUCUCCUUCAGCUAUAAGGAUCUCUUCAAUUUUAGGACCUCAUCCUGGGAAGUACUGGGACAUCCAUUGACUUAAGUGGGAGUUGCAGGUGCUCAAUAACUUUAGGAUUAUGUAGUUAACUGCUUUGUUCCCUGUCAUUUCAAGGCCCCUUGUGUCAUGUCAUCUUCUGUCCAAGAAGAGUUGGACACAGCUCCUUCUAGGGGCUGCUUCUAGAAUGACCUGAGUGGUCAUUCCUCAGAAUAAGAACCUAAAUAGAAGAGAGACGGAAUUCUCUGAGCUGGGAGCUCAGGACCAAAUUCUGAUUUGGAAUUCUGAUCCUUGCCUGGAAGCACUGACUUCCUGCUAGAAUGCGGAGCCAGAUAAGAACAGCUUUGAAUGUAGUUUUCAAUGUAUUAAUUUCCAUGUCAGAAAUUAGAGUGCUUAGAUUUUGUUAGUUAUAUCUCCAGA